AAAGCCAUUUAAACGCUCACAUGCUCUCCUCCCUUCAAUGACUUAAAAGUAGAAACAUGGCGGCGUGGAAGUGAAACACUGACUCGGGCGAAGUGGUGCAAAUGAAAUAGCAAAAAGUUUCUUUUUCAGCGUCUGGAGAGACGAAUUGUCGUGAGUAACACUGGAAUGUCUUCUUCCUGCGCCGUGUGGACGCGGAAAGUUGGCCUUGUGGAUAUAAAAUAAGGUUUUUGCUCGCCUGCUAAACGCAAAGCCCUCAAGCUCGCUGAAACCCAGCAGGAUAAAGACGACUGAAAUGAACGGGGAUAUAUUAUGCAAUGGACACGCUACACUUCACAGUUUUUUGAGCCACCAGCCCUCAAAGGCACCACAUCAUGAGGAGAUCUCUGUCCAGGUCAUCCAAGAUGGGAAAUCCUCAAGGAUAUUUUGCACACAGACCGAGAUACAGAAUAACUCCAAAAGACCCAGUACUGUAAAUGGAGAGAUCAUUCUCCCCACAAUGGCUGUGAAUGAAGACCUCCAAACUUUAACAUACAAAGCAGAGGAAAAGAGCAGACCGCUGCAGCGUGUGCAAGCCCAUUUUCCCUCACCAGCUGAAAUCAGUCCAGAAGUCAAAAACACUCGCCCACCCUGUCAGAGGAAGGCCAGCUGCCGUAAAGUCAAAGUGAGGAAGUCUUCAGAGAGAGUUGCAGUGAGCAAGAAUUCCAAUAAUCGAAAGGUCACAGAUUACUAUCCCAUACGGAGAAGCUCACGGAAAAGCAAGACUGAAUUAAAGUGUGAACAGAAGAAACACCUAGAUGAGCUGAUCACAAAAGGGAUAGAGAAUGGAAUGAUGGUGAAGUACAUCGAAGGAAAGGGAAGAGGAGUUUUCGCAACCCAAAGCUUCCAGAAAGGGCAGUAUGUAGUGGAAUAUCACGGCGACCUGUUGCUGAAACCCGAUGCCAAAAAAAGGGAGGCUGUAUACGCACAAGACCCUGCUACGGGCUGCUACAUGUAUUACUUCCAAUAUCUCAGCAAAACGUAUUGUGUGGAUGCCACGAAGGAAACUGACCGCUUGGGAAGGCUCAUCAACCACAGUAAGAAUGGCAACUGUCAGACCAAACUCCAUGACAUCAAUGGGAUACCUCACCUGAUCCUCGUGGCCUCUCGAGAUAUAGAGGAGGGAGAGGAGCUGCUGUAUGACUACGGAGACCGAAGUAAAGCCUCUAUAGCCGCUCACCCGUGGCUCAAACACUGAUGGAUUCCUAGAAGGGAACAGCUUGUUUCUUAAAUCCAGUUUUUAAUGUAAUUUUUGCCUUAGCAAACUGAGAAUGUUUAGGGGGUAGUACUUGUUUGGGUGUGUUAAUCAGUGACUUAAACACAUUUAGGUUACGGUACAUAUUCCACAUGUCCUACAUGAUACUUUUAAAAAUAUUUAUCCUGCUAUGACAUGCUAGUUUUGACACAUUUCAUUUUUUUUUUUUUUUUUUUUUGUAUAUUUUAUAUACUUGUAGAGCAGUGCUUCCAAAGCAUGCAGUUAUAGUCAAACUUUCUGCAUUUUUAUAAGGAGUUUUCUUAAGCCAAUGUAUAGUAGUUAGUGGCUUAGCAAUAACUAUUUAUGAUGUGCAAACAACUCUAUGGAAUGCACGUGAUGCUUAGAAGAGCCAUGUUUUAAAGCUUAAGAAAACUGGAAGGUACCCCCCCUCCCUCGACUUAAUUUGGAGUCUUACAGUUUUACAAUGUUGAGCGUGAUGUAAUGGAUUUGAAAAAAAUUCAAUCUGAACCUCUUUUUUUGGGUGUUCAGUAUGAAAUGACCCAAGUGUGAGUAUUCAGCUGAUUCUCUAUGCUGGGAUGGAAGCGUUGUUUAAUAAAAUCAUUUUAUGCAAA